AUGCCGGGUGCAACCUUCUCUUCGAACGUAGAAGGCACCAAUCUAAGCGGAAAGCAACCCUUGUUUGAGUUGAAGGAUAUGUCUACUCCACCUGUUACGCCAAAUCCAACAAUAACAUCAUCAUCACAAAGUAAGAGAGAAGAAUUAUCGUCAUCACAUACUAACUCGAUACAUAACCCUUCGGCAAUCACAACAGCCGUGGAAAUACAACACGAACGAGAACCUACUAGUAGAGACACUCAAAUACAUAAUCAAAACACAACCACACAUUCAUCAAUGAAUCAUACAAAUCGUAACAAUCAGCAAGAGCAAACAACAAUUCAAAACACAACAGCAAAUCAACAACAAACAGUAAUUAAUGUACCUCCUUCAUCAACAGCUUUUCCAGGUAAUAUUGUAGAAGCGGCACAUGAAGAAGAUGAUGAUGGAAGCAACUCGGUUGCGCUCAAACAUUCAUCACGCGUACGACGAUUUCUUUCUCUUAUAUACACUAAAUCUUCUUCCUUCCUGCUGGGAUAUCGAUUUGUAAACUUUCCAGGUUUGCGAGCACACAACAGCAUUAAGGAUCCAUAUGAACGGCUGUCCAUCGCAUACUAUUCUGUUUACUUUGUCUUUCAUCUCUUCUUUUCAAUAUCCAUGAUCAUCCAACAACUCAUCCGUUUCAAAACCCUUUCACUUCUCUACAUAUUAGAUGCCACGUUUUCACUCAUUGGCUUCAUUCUCUUCCGCUCUCCUUUCCCCCAUGUCUACCUCUAUGUUUUCCUUGCCUACCUGUUCUCUGUUCCUUAUGUUCUAAUUAACCUUGCUUCUUCCUCCAUUGACACAAAUUCCAUCCUUUCAUUAUUAAUUUUCCAACAAAAUGAUUUCGUCCCUUAUCACCAUCUAAUUCUAGCCACUAACUUGAGACUAAUUAUAUUUCCAACAAUAUUUGCAGCCAUUGGGCUGUCUAGUACUAAAACAUUGAUAGUAGCGAUAAUAGGUUAUAUACUGGCGUUCAUUCAAUUCGGAUGGCUAGGAGGUAUUAUGCAAGGUCUAAAGCUAAAUUACGGAGAUUACUUUUGUGAUAUUUUGUUUAUUUCAAUACCCUAUAUCGUUGCUAUUUUAAUUUUAAACAACAUGCAUCAGGCAUUUAGAUCUCAGAUAAAAGAAGUAGAAACAAGACUUUCCAAUAUGCUUAAUAUCACAAAUGAAGCAAUUAUAAUACAAAGUAGACGGAAAAAGAAAAUUAUUUACGUCAAUCUCGCUUUUGAAAGAAUGUUUGGGUAUGAACACGAUGAAAUUGUUCAUGCCAACAAGAAUAUACUUGAUCUAUUAGUAGGACCUCCGGUAAUAGCAACAGACGAAUGGACGCUAUGUAAAGCAAGAACGAAACUUGGAGAUAGAUUUGGGGUUGAGGUUACUCACAAAGUUGAUUUCUUAAGCUCUAAAAAGGUCGAUGUUUUCAUUGUAAGAAACAAUGAACUUAACGAUCAAGUGCGCUUGAUGAAUGAAAAGGCCAGACAGGCUCAGAUAGAGCUUCAGAGUAGAACAACAUUCUUCAGUAUGAUUUCUCACGAUUUAAAGAACCCAUUGAAUUCUAUAUAUCUAAUUGCUCAAAAGAUGCAUGAAGAUUUUAUGAGUCAACAGACAGUUGAUUUCCAUGAAGGACUUGAAUGGAUGAAUAUGAUUCUUUCUAGUUGUCAUAUUUUGAGCAAUAUUAUUCAAGAUGUUCUUUCAUCUUCCAAAUUGGAAUCAGGAACUGUGGAAUUGGACCUUUCUAAUUUUGAUUUAGUGUACUCAAUCGAAGAAAUUAUUUCUAUCAACAGUGUUACCGCAUUUAAGAAAGGCAUUGAUGUGGGACUGGAAAUCGAUAUCAAACGAGGAUCGAAACACAGGGUACCAAUUGUUGUUAAAGGAGACGUUCACAAGUUCCAACAAAUUUUAACAAAUUUAAUGGGUAAUGCAAUCAAGUUUACUCAUUCUGGAUCUGUGACAGUUUCAGUGGACGUUCAAGACGAAACAGAUAACACUGUUAAGGUAUUUGUUGUGGUUUGUGAUACAGGCAUUGGUAUCCCAAAGGAAAAACAGAAAGAUUUGUUUAAAGUUUUUUCCCGACUGAAAAAAGAUAAGGAAUAUGAAGGCAGCGGACUUGGUUUGAGCAUUUGUAAAAACCUCACAAAUCUCAUGAAUGGAGACAUUGGCUGUUAUAGCAACGGUGAAUCUGGAAGCAACUUUUGGUUCACUGUAACAUUCCAGAAGGGGUCAAGAGGAGAAGAUCAUGAUAAGAUUGUCGAACGAGCUGAAAAACGUUUACCUCUUACAGAAGAAGCCAAGCUCAUGGAAGUCAAAGAAAAGCUUAAUUCCAAUUAUCCUUCAUCUACUUGUCUUGUAGUUUACAAAGAGCCAAAAAUUAGAAACAUUUUGACAAAUUAUCUGAGGGAAACAUUUGAUGACCAGGUGGUAUCAAUGGAGAAUGAUGUAGACACCAUGUUUAUGAACGCAGAAUCUCUAGAAAAUGUAACAGAGAAAUUCCUUCAUAAUUCUUCAUCGAACAUUCAUGAAUGGAGCGUUCAAAAACCAAUUUCUUUCAUCAUUCUAGACGAUUCUUGUUUCCUUCCUGACAACCUCCCAAAGAACGAAAAUGCUCUUUUCAACUCAGCCCAAAACACCAAUAGCAUUCGUGUAGGUUCCUCUUCCAGCACUGGUAGAAGAAAUAGCUCAGUGAUUUACAGCCCUUCAGAAAUUGAAAGAAUUUAUUCUACUGUCUACAAACUGAGACGUAUUGUUGAAAAUCAUAACUCAAAAUUAGCUUUAGGUGGAUUUAGCUUAUCAACAAAAGUAGUGGUAUGGUUUGAUAAAUUCGAGCCAAAGAGAUUCCUGAGCUUCAUUAGAAAAGAUCCUUCUAACUUUGAAAGGAAAUCAAACACCAAAGGCUUAUUUGACUUGACACUUAGAAAGCCUAUCACCUUAUUCUCAUUCCAAUAUAUGAUUCAACAAUUAUUGGCCAUUAAGCCCUCAACAAUCGCCCAUAACGAAAGAAAACUUAUAGAGACGUACCAAUUUCCUCCAAAGCAAGACGCAAAUACCAACCAUCGAAAAUUAUCUAUGGACCCUACUGUUAUUACUUCUUCAGGUGUAAAUCCAUCUCAAGAUUCAAGGAGCUCUUCAUUAGAUACAAUAUCUAUUGCUCGUUCUAGCUUCUCUCAAGACAAGUCAACACCUGAAGAAGAAAAAUUUGUUACUUUGAAUGUCCUUGUUGCUGACGACAACAAUAUUAACAGAAAUGUCAUGAUUAAAAUUUUAGGAGGACUAUCAGGAAAUUCAGAUAUGGAAAAUCAAAUAUCAGAAAUCAAGAAUUGUCCUUGCAAGCUAGUAAUACGUACCAAAGGAGCUGUGAACGGUAAAGAAGCAUAUGAUGAAUUUAUUCAAAACUUUAACACUCCAACCAAAUAUGACGCAAUUAUUCUCGAUGUUCAUAUGGACGUGAUGAGUGGAUUGGAAUGUUCACAAAAAAUUAGACAAUUCGAGUCAGAACACAAGGCUAAACCUUGUGUGUUAAUUGGAGCCACAGGAGAUAGCGACGGAGAGCACAUUUGCAAACAAGCUGGAAUGAAUCUUGUUUGUUUGAAACCCAUCUCUCAAACACAAAUACGAAAUGUUGUCAAGCACGUGGUGGAGGAGUUGUGA